AAGUCAUAUUAAGUAUCUAUAUAGCGAGACUAUUAAAUAAACACAUAUUGUCUAUUGUCACGGGAAGUGUAUUCAUUGUUAAACGCUGACCCCCUACUCCGAGACUUUGAUUAUAGACCUGGCAUUGAAUUGAAUAAAUACACUUAUGAAAGAAAACAAAGUAGCAUUAUAUCUCUUAAACCUUGUAAUAGGCGAGUCUAUUACGAUAUAGCAGCCACUUUGAUAAAUGAGGACAUAAAUUUAAAGAAUCAAAGUAGUGAUGGAGAAUAUAAUAUAAAUCUGUGACUGUACUGAAGUUGCCCAAUAAAAGAAGAUCGCUUAGGGUAACGUUAUUUCUUCUAAUAAAUCAAACCUAUAAAUAAUAAAUUAAAUCAGAAUACAUUUUGUUAGGGAUAAAAUAUGAAUAACCAAAUUGUGUACAAUCCUGCUAGAAUUGCGCGAAGAGAAAUUCGUAAAAAACUAAACAUAGAUGUGUUCACGCUAAAAAGGAAAUUCGUGGACCAUUCCGAGCAGAGUGAGUUAAAAUCAGAGCAAUUAAGACUCGAGCAUCACACGAAAAUAUUCGCUUCGAUGUGUCCGGAUGAAAUUCUGGAUCACUAUGACGAUUAUAAUACCAGAAUGUAUUACACUACUUUAAUGCUUGGUGACAUAUCAGGUUUUACAGACCUCGCUGAGAAAUACACUAAAACCGGAAAAGGCGGACCUUCGAAACUGACAGAAACCUUGAACAGUUACAUCGGUGCUAUGGUACAAGAAAUACUUUCCCACAAUGGUGACGUAUUGAAAUUUUCUGGAGAUGCGUUUAUCGUGAUGUGGAAGCUCCAUGAAGGAAUGAUGAUGCGAGACUUGGCCAUAGCAGCGAUGCAAACUGCUUGCAUCAUUCAGAAACAUUUUGGGUCCUAUGAUACUGAAGUUGGAGUGACUCUUAAGGUAAAAUUAGCUAUUGCUUCUGGAAAGACAUACUUCACAUCUAUCGGAGAUCCCGAAUCCAUGUCACACUAUAUUAUCACCGGUACACCAGUGUGGGAUGUGAAAUUCGCCGAAGGCCUUUGCCGAGGAGGCGAUAUCCUAGUGGCUCCUAGUAGCUGGCAGUGGGCUAAUCCAAACGAAUAUGUCCAUGAAACGCUUCCAGAUGGUAUACACACACUUAUUAUAUCUUGCACGAGCAUGUGGUAUCAAGCUAAAGUUGACGAAUCAAUCAUCAGUACAGAUGACGAAGACAACGAAUAUGAGCCGGAUUUUUAUGAUUCGACGAUAAUUCCCAGAAUGGAUCCUGAGUCUAAGAUGGUGAUGAUGAAUAUAACUGGUACGACUUACGAGAGUGGAAAAUUUAAGCAAGUCGAUUACAGCUUACGGCCUAAAGUUAUAAAGGCAGCACAAGCUUGUUUGAAAGAAGCUUUACGAAGCUACAUGCUGAGACCAGUCAUUCGGUCUACCGAAAUGGACGAACCAUUGGAAUAUCUGACCGAAAUGAGACAGGUGGUGAUUCUCUUUAUCAAUGUAAUCACUUCCAACGUAGGCAAAAAACAAUUAAUUGCCUUAGUGAACUUUGCUUAUAAACUAGUGUGCAAGAUCGUCGAUGGGAUGCACGGAUGCGUGAACAAGACGUCCCUCUUCGACAAGGACUUAAUGUUCCUUUGUGUGUUCGGUUUACGAGGCGACAAACAUGAACUAGAAUCGCAAAUCGGUUUAAGAUGCGCGUCGAAGUUACGAUCGAAUCUCAUAGCGAUAGAAAAUGUAAAAUCUGUAACGGUAGGCGUGACAACGGGAGUGACAUACUGUGGAGUCGUAGGGCACAUUUUACGGAGAGAAUACACCGUGAUUGGAAUAUCAGUGAACAAGGCUGCGAGGCUUAUGGUGGCGUAUAGAGACAAGGUGGUUUGCGAUCGAGAAAGUUUCCUCAAUUCUCACUUAGAGGCGAGGCACUUCAUUUUACAAGAACCAAGAUACUUAAAAGGAAUCACCAAUAUCGGACCGAUAUAUGAAUUUCAGGAACAACCAAAGUACAUUGUAUCAGACAUAGCUUUCAGUAAGUAUCCUUUACUUGGCCGAACCGAGGAACUUAAAAUUUUUAGAAGGAUGCUAAUGAGACUCUUAGAAUAUUCCAAGAGGACUAAAAAAAACCGUGGCGCACGACCAAAAUAUAAUACACUUAUCAUAAAGUACUUAUCCUUAUUAUUUCGCCAUUAUAGUGCCCCGUACAACUUGGUACAUUUAUUAUUUUCAAUGCCUCUUGGUUUCACCCGCACUUCUACGCGAAAAGAGCGCGAAGACAAACUGCUUUUACGACUGGGCAAAAUGAAGCACACGUACUACCUGUGUGUUUUUAAUCAACCCUUCAAUGUGCAUUUCUCUAUCACUCAUCGUUAUAACGCUCUCACUGAUAUGGACAAACAAAAGCUUUUAAGAAAGUUCCUAUUGAAAUUAAUGAAAGGCUGCUUCGAAGAAUUGUGGGUGGUGAUCAUCGAUGAUGCGGAAUAUGUCGAUCGGGAGUCUUUGGAAAUCUUCGAUGUCCUUACAAAAAGAGACAAAAUAUUCUUUGCACUGACUAUUGGUCGGAAAUUGAACACAGACUUUCCGUUAUAUUUAAAUUUUUUGCACAGAGCGAAGGUAAUUGAAUUGAUUGGGAUAGACAAGUGGUACCAUGCUGGCUUAGCGUGUCAGAUACUUAAUGUAAAUGGUUUACCUGCAGAAUUGGAAAAACUGAUACAAGAAAGAAGCUUCGGGAAUCCUGGCUGGAUCGAGAGUUAUUUAGUGAGUCUUCUCCAAGUCGGUGGUUUAGAGAUAGUAAAUAUAACGAAAAGGGAAGCAAAUAUAAAGGGCUAUGUGUUACCUCCUGUAUCUAUGUUGGAAAGGUUUACUCGAAAACAUAUACUUAUACAAAUGUAUGAUAACAAUACUUUGCUUCAGGACAGCAUGAUAUCGUUGUUGGAGGAAGACAUGAUGACUCUAAAGAAACCACAUUUGAGUAUCGACAAUGAGGAAACCAUAAUCGCGAUUUGUAACAUUGCUGAGAACUUCAUGUAUGAAGACGUGGAUCCUGAAAUUACGAUGGAUGCUAUGAUAUUGAAGCUUUUCGAUUCGUUGACACCUCUUGAUCAACUUCUCUUGAAAUGUGCUUCAGUGAUCGGGGAAACGGUGAAUAGACAUAUGCUAGAAAGUUUAAUGUCCAUCACUGCUAAAAGAGAAAUCGGACUUGCUGUUACGAAACUCUUUGAAAUACGAGUCUUCGGCUGUGCAAUUGGGGACUUCUCCAAAAAUGCGGGCCCUAUAGUAUUUAUAAAAAAUAUGCGAAAUCCUAAUUCAGAGAUGGACGUAUUCUGCAAGUGCAUUGGUCUCACUAUUCCAGAUGAACUGGUAGAUUUGCCAAGAUAUGCUUCCUGCGGCUUGAUGAGAUUUAAGAUGUCAAUGUUUCGUAACACCACUUAUCAAUUGCUUACGGAAAAUCAGAAGAUAGAAUUGCACAACCAGGCAUUGAAAUAUUUGCAACACUAUACAAGACGUUGUGUUUCUUGCGGAGAGGGUCAAUUCGCAAAAUUAUUGGGGAAAACAUCAAACAAAGAAGAUAGAAAGAAAAAAAUGACAGACAUCGAUGAAAUGUUUGAACUGGAUUAUAACGAUGAGGCUGUUAACAAGGAAGACAAAAAAAGUAAAUUGAAAAGCUUUGAAAAACCCUAUCAACUUUCGAUAAUUUCUUCUCGAGUAACACUGAUAAUAACAUUAAGUAAUAGAGAAAAGGAAUUACUUUCUUGCCUGAACCUAUUUCGACGUGUGGAAAGGAAACCGACGGUAACGUUUUCAGAUGUAGAUUUUUCUAACUGCCUGUGUGAAUUGAUACUGAUGACAGUCUAUACUCAAAUACUCGACCAUUGUCGUGGCAUUGGGAAUAUUGAAAAGACGCUCACUGCUCUUCUAGAAUUUGCAGAAAUUUGCUUGAUGAAUUGUAAUAUACCUCAAGCUCGAAAGCUUCUAUCAGAAAGCGAAACUGUCCUAGUGAAGCUAUUCGAAUCGAACGAAGACGAAAUAGUUCUUUUACCCUAUCUCACUGCGAAGAUACAGACUCUUCAAGGACAAUGUUUUCUUGAAAGCGGUUCCAUUUUCGAGGCCGAAGGAUCUCUCAAAAUGGCAUUGAAAAAUUUAGGAUACAGAUUUCCAAAGCUAGAAAUGAUGAUCGAUCUGAGCUCGCUCACGCAAUUGAUGAACUUAAAAAUAAAAUUGAUAUGUCCCAAGAAGACAGAGCUGCUAAACAGUCUCGAAGGAGACAAUGUGGAUUAUACUAAACAAUUAUCAGAAUGCUUGGCGCAAAUGUUCGAACUCUUCAGGUUUAAAGGGAUGAAGAAACACGCUCGCUUAGCAGCAAUGUGGGGUUUGAACGCAGCUUUGGAAUCUAACAAAGAUUUAUACAUUCUCUGUACAUCGUUCACCAACAUGCUAAUCACAGCACAUAUGUAUCAAGACAGAUAUAUAGUUCCAUAUUUGGAACAAAGAGCUAUCAAUAUUUGCAACGAAAGCAGAGAAACACUUGAAGCUCAAGAACUGAAUGUGAUCGUCCAACUUUACACAGGAAUAUUCUUUUCUCGCUGGAUAAGGGGACAGAUCUCAAAAGCUAUUCAAAUCGGUUUCAUUUGUAGUAGGAUGGCCAGUGCGAUCGGAUCCACAUUCUUGAAGCUGGUGGUACUACCACGAUUAAUUCAUUUGCUGAUGAUCUCUUGCCGACAUCCGGAAGUAGUUACUCAAUUAAGGGAAUUAGAGUUUAUAUCUCAUCAUAAUUUUGACAAAUCUGGACGUACUUGGUAUUAUGCACUUUGCGCUGACGUCCAUUUAGAUACUGGAUUAACGAUUCUCCCUUUCCAAGCUUGUGAACAGUACUUUCUUCAGGAAGGCGAACAAAUGAUCAGUUUACAUGAUCCAGAAGCAGAAAGACGAUAUUUCACAUCAAUGUGGCUAUGGUGUAUUAGAACUGAAGAAUGGGAAGCUGCGAAAGUAUGGAGCGGUAGAAACGUGGAGAGCAUUAACAUAAUGGAUGAACAUAUAGUUGCAGCAACAAUUACUGCUUUAAAAAAGCUCGAAGGCCUACUAAUUCUUUAUGUGCAUAAACUAAAUAGUCGAAAUGCUGAUGCAGCUAUUACUAUGAUGGAGAUUAAAAGCAUAUUUAAAGAUACAAAGAAAAUGAGCAAAAUUGUUGAAAUCGUAAUUCCCAGAUAUAUGUUGCUGAAAGCUUAUUAUUGGAUGAUAAAAUCGCAGAAAAGUAACGCAAUAAAGAUUUUGAAAAAAUUACAGAAAGUAUGCAAAAAAAUGGAAAACAAAAUGAUUUACGCAUGGGCACUACAUUGUGAAAAGGCUUGGUCAGGUGGAAUCUCUUCUGUACAUACAGACAAAUGGAGAGAAAUCGCGAACAGUAAAAUACUAGAUAAAUGGGAUGAAAUCAAUGUUAAUAAUUCAAACAUGAUAAUCUUUACUUUUCCCUUACCAAAAUAUCUUCUUUGACAACUUUUUAUUUUUAAUUUCAAUUAAAAUGAAUGUAAUUAUACAAAAUAAAAUACAUAUUAUAAUAAAAUAUUGUCGAAAACGAAAAUUUGUGUCUACUUUUUUUUUAUUGUAAUCUGUUUAUGUACAAUCUAUCAUACAAUGAUAUUCAGCACAGACUGUAUAGUUCAGAUUUUAAAUAAAAAAUGAAACUCAAAACAAAUGACAAUGGUAAAACACGACGAUCAAUUUUCUGAUUUUGUGUAUACUUUGGGAUACUUGUUAAAAUCAUACGUAAAAUUAAUCAAAAAAAUUCUAAUAUUAAAAUAACCUGUUAUAAACAGGGUAUUUAAUAAAAUUAAUACUUAUAUAUAUUAUUAAUACCAUAAUAAUAUUAUUAAUAUUAUACUCUAAUAAAUACUAUAAUAAUACUAUAAUAAAAUGCAAACUGCACCUUCACCUUCAAGUAAACCAUUAACAGGUUGUCAACUAAUUUUACCAACCUUUCCUACUAAUUCUAAUACGGUAUGUUUUUUUAAAAAUAUAUACUUAUAAUUAUAAAAUAUUUUCCAAUAGUAAAGUAAUGUGUUAACAGGUUUGUUAUUCCACUAUUCUUCCCUUUGUGCCCACAAUGCCUAGAGGUUUUGCAAGCUAUUAUAAUAAAUAUCAUCCAUAUACAACAUUACGUAAUAUCUGUACUUUUACCUGUCCCCCUUAUAGUAAGAUAUAGUUUUUACCAAUGAACAUAAUAUAAUACAAAAACGAAUAAAAAGUAACAAUAUUAUUUUUUUCAGCAUCUAGUGUGUACAGAUGCUAAGUACAAUUUUCAAAAUAAUAUAAUAUAAAUACUAUAUAGGCAAUUAAAUAAAAUUAUACUUGCAUAUUAUUAAUGUACAGUGUCAUAUAUAAAACACAUAACGAUGAGAAAUUUAUUGUCAUGAGAAAUAUAAAUUAAAUAGAUAUGAAUUUUUAUCUUAAAAUGAUUUUAUUUUAAAGUACAAUUCAAAUGUUACCU